AUGGCAGACGGCAGACGGACACAGUCCCCUAAGGACUACGAUGCCGCCUCUCUCACCAGCGAAUUUGAACAACUGAUGCGCACCAAACGAUUCAACCGCCUUCAGGAACGCUCACACUCUCGCUCCCACUCGCCAUCACCAUCCCCCAUGUCCAGUUCAUCGAUUCCACCACCUCCCUCACGGGCGCCGCCACCGCCUCCCUCGGUCGGAGCUCCGGUCGCAUCCCCCAAGCCGGCGACAACUUCACCAGCCCUACGCGGCCUUCCCAUCAUGCCAUCGCCUCCCCAGGAUCCCGCCUCGCUGAAGUUCUUCAAUCUACUGAAAGGUUUGUCGGUCACGCCAACCAAAUACGAGAACCCCGGUCUUUUGGAUGAGGCCCUUUGUGUGAUUCCCCUCGAUCGCUUGUAUUCUGAGGCCGAAGAGGAGUCCCAAAUCAUGCAAGCAUCGGCUGCCAGCGUAUCAGGGAAGCCGGAAUGGGGCUACCAAGAUUGUGUCAUUCGUGCAUUGCUCAGGUAUGUUGGAAUUUUCGAGUGGUCUAGAUUCACUGCGCCCUUACUCACAUCAUUCGCCAGAUGGUUCAAGGGAUCCUUCUUUCAAUUUGUCAACAACCCUCCUUGCUCAAAGUGCCACAUGCCCACCAUUGCGCAAGGCAUGACUCCACCCAGCCCCGACGAGACCGCCCGCGGUGCCACCCGAGUUGAGCUAUACCGUUGCUCCGAUAAUAGCUGUGCCGCCCACGAACGAUUCCCCAGGUACUCCGAUGUGUGGCAACUGCUGCAAUCCCGUCGAGGCCGGGUUGGCGAAUGGGCCAAUUGUUUCAGCAUGUUCUGCCGCGCAGUCGGCGCCCGAGUCCGCUGGGUCUGGAACUCCGAGGAUUACGUCUGGACCGAGGUGUACUCCGAGCACCAACGAAGAUGGGUGCAUGUCGACGCCUGCGAAGGCGCCUGGGACCAGCCCCGUCUCUACACCGAAGGAUGGCAACGGAAGAUCUCAUACUGUGUGGCGUUCUCCAUCGAUGGUGCGACCGACGUCACUCGCCGAUAUGUCCGCAACUUCUCUCGCCACGGCAGCCCCCGCAACCGCGCCUCCGAGGAAGUUGUUCUCUGGUCUAUUCACGAAAUUCGCCGCAAGCGUCGGGAGAAUAUGUCCAAGACUGACCAGCGCCGUUUGAUCAAGGAAGAUGAGCGUGAAGAGAAGGAACUCCGGUGCUAUAUGGCUUCUGCGCUGGCAGCAGAAAUCAACAACAUGCUCCCACGCAGCCUCUCCGGUCGCCCCGAAGACCAAAAACACCCUGGUGCGCGCCAAGAAGCUUCCACCGAGUGGCUUGCCGCCCGAGGCCAUGGCCACUCCGGUCCAGACCGAUCUCAUGAAGGACGGUAA